AUGUUAUUAAACCCAGAUCAGAUUCUAAAUCUAGUUCGAAAUGUCUACGAAGUUGAUAUCAAACAGUUUUAUUCGCAAUUACGACUAAAGAACUUAAGGGGACUGUUAGAUCAUGCUGCUCAUCUAUUUAAUGUCUACUUGAGGGAUUUAGAAAUUAAUCAGGAAAUGGAAGCUUUGACUGCCUUCAUUAUUGGCUGUUAUUACCUGUACCUUAUUAUUCCCCAGUCGUUGCAAUUUCAAACAAGAAAUAAUCUCUAUAGCAGUUAUGCAAAGCUAAAAAACGACUAUCAAGACGAACAAGUGAUGAGCCAUGUAUUAAAACUGGUCAGGGACGAGAGUACUGUAAUUGCUGACCGGCAUCUAUCCGACUCAAACGGAAUCUGCAAAACCAUUAAAAGAAAAAGAGCCUACUCCUUACCUCUACGACCAUUACCUGUUCAUAUGGCCUCUUUGUCAAUACAUAAUCAAUUGGAGGGCCCAAUACACGAAAUGCCGAAAGAGUUAACAAAACCAAUAAAUGAUACUUCAAUGGGGGACAUCACUAGCGAAAGUGAUAAAAUUGCAUCCGGUGAUAAACUGGAAGCUGAUUUUGAAGAAUCAGAUUACAGAAACAAAGAAUUAGUAUCAAAACCCUCGUAUUUAAAGUUAAGUACUAGAAAAGACGCUUUGUUCAAGACUUUAUCUAGUCCAGCAACAGCUCCUACCAUGCACUCCUUCGAGAUUUCGUCACAGAUUGGAGAAUCUAGCCAAGAUUCUUCUUCCCUAUUCAAGGUGGGAAAGCACAAGGAAGAUGAGGAAGAAGAAAAAGAAAAGAAAGAAGACAUAAAAUCUUCGGCCUUAAAAACUUAUAAGCUACCGGUAAUUGAAGAUUCAAAUGAUCUUUUAUCAGAGUUAUCCAUAACUGGCCUGCAAAAUCCAUGUAAUACAUGUUAUAUUAACAGUAUAAUUCAGUGUCUGUUUGGCACCAAUUUAUUUCGAGAUUUGUUUUUAACCAAGAAGUAUAGGCUAUUCCUCAAUACUAGCAAAUAUCCGAAAGAAGUCCAACUUUCCCACUCGAUUUACGUUUUAUUCAAGAAAAUGUAUCUGAAUGGAGGAAGGGCAAUUAUACCAAAUAGAUUUUUGAAAAUGUGUAAAAAGUUAAGGCCCGAUUUGAAUAUCCCAGACGAUCAACAGGAUACACAAGAAUUUCUAUUGAUAAUCUUAGCACGAAUACACGAAGAGCUCUCAAGUGAAAAUGUCAUCAAGUAUUAUCCAGACCUCGUUUCAUAUGAUGCCAAUGCUUUGCAAGUUAACCCAUCUAAGUACCGGAAGUGGUAUGAGAGAAAUGUUAUUACUGAUGGAUUAUCCCCAAUCGAUCACAUAUAUCGCGGGCAGAUGGAAAACAUCCUGAAAUGCCAGCGCUGUGGUAAUUCUUCUUAUAGCUAUUCCACCUUCUAUGUUUUGUCACUUGCAAUUCCAAAAAUAUCAUUGUAUAGUUUUACCAGUAAGUCCAAGAAAAUUAAAUUGGAGGAUUGCAUAAACUUAUUCACAGGCGAUGAAGAACUGUCUGGCGAGAAUGCUUGGGAUUGCCCUAAUUGUAGAAUUACUGAUUCCAAACCCAAAACAGGAGAAAAUAUUAGCCAGAAAAAAAAACCAACAUUGUUUAGUUUUCAUUCCAGAUCAAGGUCAAAAUCGCCUCAUCAUCAUCAUCAUCAUCAUCAUCAUCAUCAAAGCGAUGAUGCAACAAAAAAUUCAAAGAAGCGGAAUCCUAAAAAGCUAACUACAGUAAAGAGUUUAGAUUUCAUAGUUUUACCUCCGAUACUUGUCAUUCAUUUAUCGAGAUUCUAUUAUGAUUUAACGAAAAAAAACAGUACCAUAAUAACCUACCCACUGAUAUUGAACAUUAUUUUGAAAAACGGUAAAGUGGUUCGAUAUAAAUUAUAUGGAACGGUGAAUCAUUCAGGCAAUCUUAUUAACGGUCACUAUACGUCUGUUGUGAAUAAAGAAAGGAGCCAUGAAAUUGGGCUGAAUAGACAGGUUUGGGUAACAUUUGAUGACGAUUAUAUACAGCAACAUAACAAGAAUCGCAAUGACUUUGAGGCAGGUAAAACAGAAAUGUCCAGUAGUGAGGUAUACGUGUUGUUUUAUGAAAGAAUGGAUGAAGGGAAUUAUGAAGAAGAAUGUUGUUAA